GGCCUCAGCGCGGCGCUCGGGGAUCAGCUGGCGGGCGGGCGCCUAAGCGGCCCCGGCUCUGCGGCAGCGCCGCCUCCUCCGCGUCGCAGGCCGGCGGCCGUGGCCAUGUCGCGGGGCUGGUAGCUGGGCUCGGCGCCGGGCUGCCGCUAGUUUAAACUUAAACGAUCGCUCCCCGAGGAGGAGGGGACCCAUCGCGCGAUUGACAGUCUAUUCCUGCAGGCGCCGUCCCUCAGCCCCCACCCCACGGGCCGGAUUCCCGUGGCUCCGCUCCGAGCUGAAACCCGAGAAGAAAUCCUUAGAUCUCUUUUCUUUACAACAAAUACGAACCGAGAAACCAUCGGCAUUUUGCCUUGGCGUUUCCUAUUGGGAAGAUGAAGAAGUUUUUCGACUCCAGGCGGGAGCAGGGCAGCUCUGGCCUGGGCUCAGGCUCCAGCGGAGGAGGGGGCAGCAGCUCAGGCCUGGGCAGUGGCUACAUCGGAAGGGUCUUUGGCAUCGGGCGGCAGCAGGUCACCGUGGACGAGGUGCUGGCGGAAGGUGGAUUUGCUCUUGUCUUUCUGGUGAGAACAAGCAAUGGGGUGAAAUGUGCCUUGAAACGUAUGUUUGUCAACAAUGAGCAUGACCUCCAGGUGUGCAAGAGGGAAAUUCAGAUCAUGAGGGACCUAUCAGGGCACAAGAACAUUGUGGGCUACAUUGAUUCUAGUAUCAACAAUGUAAGCAGUGGCGACGUAUGGGAAGUUCUCAUUCUCAUGGACUUCUGCAGAGGAGGCCAGGUGGUAAACCUGAUGAACCAGCGUCUACAAACAGGCUUUACAGAGAAUGAAGUCCUGCAAAUAUUCUGUGACACCUGUGAGGCUGUUGCCCGCCUACAUCAGUGCAAAACUCCUAUUAUCCACCGGGACCUGAAGGUUGAAAAUAUCCUCUUGCAUGACCGAGGCCACUAUGUCUUGUGUGACUUUGGAAGUGCCACCAACAAAUUCCAGAACCCACAGGCCGAGGGAGUCAAUGCAGUAGAAGAUGAGAUUAAGAAAUACACAACACUGUCCUAUCGAGCUCCAGAAAUGGUCAACUUGUACAGUGGCAAAAUCAUCACUACGAAGGCAGACAUUUGGGCUCUUGGCUGUUUGUUAUAUAAAUUAUGCUACUUCACUUUGCCAUUUGGAGAGAGCCAGGUGGCAAUUUGCGAUGGAAGCUUCACAAUUCCCGAUAACUCUCGAUAUUCUCAAGACAUGCAUUGCCUUAUUAGGUAUAUGUUGGAACCAGACCCUGACAAAAGGCCGGAUAUUUACCAGGUUUCUUACUUCUCAUUUAAACUACUCAAGAAAGAAUGCCCAAUUCCAAAUGUACAGAACUCUCCCAUUCCUGCAAAACUUCCUGAACCAGUGAAAGCAAGUGAGGCAGCUGUGAAAAAGACCCAGCCAAAGGCCAGACUGACAGAUCCCAUUCCCACCACAGAGACUUCAAUCGCACCCCGCCAGAGGCCUAAGGCUGGGCAGACUCAGCCAAACCCAGGAAUCCUUCCCAUUCAGCCAGCCCUGACUCCUCGUAAGAGAGCCACCGUUCAGCCCCUACCUCAGGCUGCGGGACCCAGCAAUCAGCCUGGCCUUCUAGCCAGUGUUCCCCAACCUAAAGCCCAACCUACACCCAAUCAACCUCUUCAACAAUCUCAGCCCAAGCAGCCACAAGCUCCACCCACUCCACAGCAGGCACCUUCUAACCAGACCCAAGGUCUGCCCACCCAGGCCCAGGCCACUCCCCAGCACCAGCACCAGCUCCUCCUCAAGCAGCAGCAGCCACAGCAGCAGCAGCAGCCACAGCAGCAGACAGCACCACAACAGCCAACAGGCACCUUUUACCAGCAGCAGCAGCAACAGCAGCAGCAAGCUCAGACGCAGCAGUUUCAGGCAGCACAUCCAGCAGCCCAGCAACCAGUCACCGCUCAGUUCCCUGUGGUAUCCCAGGGAGGCUCUCAGCAACAGCUGAUACAGAACUUCUACCAGCAGCAGCAACAGCAGCAGCAGCAGCUGACUCAGCAGACUGCCCUGCAGCAGAAGACUGCUGUGGUAGUACCACAGCCUCAGGCACAGUCGGCCACAGCCCCACAGCCAGCCGCUGCCCAGGAGCCCGCGCAGAUUCAAGCUCCACCAAGACAACAGCCAAAGGUUCAGACAACUCCACCUCCAACCACCCAGGGUCAGAAAGUUGGAUCUCUCACUCCUCCAUCAUCCCCCAAAACCCAACGUGCUGGGCACAGGCGGAUUCUCAGUGAUGUAACCCACAGUGCAGUCUUUGGGGUUCCUGCCAGCAAAUCAACCCAGCUGCUCCAGGCAGCUGCAGCUGAGGCCAGUCUCAAUAAAUCUAAGUCUGCAACCACCACUCCCUCAGGCUCUCCACGGACCUCGCAGCAGAAUGUCUCCAGUGCUUCCGAAGGUUCAACAUGGAAUCCUUUUGAUGAUGACAACUUCUCCAAACUCACAGCUGAAGAGCUGCUCAACAAAGACUUUGCCAAGCUCGGGGAAGGAAAGCUUCCUGAGAAGCUGGGUGGCUCGGCGGAGAGUUUGAUCCCAGGCUUCCAGUCAACACAAGGAGAUGCUUUUGCCACUUCCUCCUUUUCUGCUGGAACUGGUCUCCAGAGAGAGCCCAGUCCUUGUCCUGUAAUUACUGUAGAGCACUUUAAAGAACCCGUGGGUGCCAAAGGCCUCGCCCUCUAUCCAGAUUCCUGCAGAGUUCCUGGAACAAAGGCCCAGAACACCUUAGAGUCUGAUUCCCUGGCCCGAGAGGGCCCUUCCAGCAAUAGCUCCUUCCAUAGCAGCGAGGAGGAGGGCACCGACCUGGAGGGGGACAUGUUGGACUGCAGCGGGUCUCGGCCUCUCCUUCUGGAGUCUGAAGAGGAGGAUGAGAGCUGCAGGCCACCCCAGGGGAAGCUGGGAGAAGCCACUCUGUUCUCCGAGUCUGGAGUGUCUGCUGAGCCAGAAAAGGGGGGACAAGGCGGGAAAAAGAGCCAGUUCUUACCAAUCAACCAGCAGGCCUCAGAUGGUCUCGGAGAGCCGGAUGUCUUUGCCACAGCACCCUUCAGGAGCUCGCUGGUUCCAGCAGAUGACAUGGACAUUUUCUCCAAAGCCCCUUUUGUCUCCAAGGGCAGUGUAGCUCCUUCCCAGACAGAGGAGAUGGAUGUGUUCUCCAGAGCUCCUUUUACCAAGAAGAGGAGUGUGGAGGAGUUACUGGCCGUGCAGGGCUCCUCACAGGAUUUGCCGAUGCAGGCUGGCCUCGGUCAGCCUGGUGAAGGGCCCCUGCUUCCAGGCCGCGAUAGAGCCGUGUACACCCCUGCCCAGGCACAGCAUCCUAUGACUGCCUUUGCACAGCAGCCUGGUCUCCCCUCCCACACUGUCCAGGUGGCAGACCAUUUUGACAGCAGCUCUCCCAGGGGAUCUCCCAUGGAAUCUGGGAGUCAUCCUAGUGACAGAAACAGAGGACUGCAGCCCCAGAAAGAAGCCUUUUCUGGGCCGGUGGCUGGCAAGCCAUUCCGCCCCCAGGCUUUAUCCAAAUAUUCCCGACACUAUAGCCCAGAAGACGAGCCAAGUCCAGAAGCCCAGCCCAUCGCUGCCUACAAGAUUGUCUCACAAAGCAAUAAGCAGCUGCUAGCUGGCUCUGUGUCUGUCACAUCUCUGUCCUCCAGGACUACAGAGCUGCCCGCCGCUGAUCCUUUUGCUUUAGCGCCCUUUCCUUCAAAGGCAGGCAAACAGAAACCCUAGGAGCAGAGAGCAGCCCGAGGCCUGCCUCCACCCACCCCACCAGCACCCAUCACACCACUCCUGGCUGGCCUUUCAGGGACUAUCCACUGUGACCCCGCAGUCACUGCCUCAGAGCAGAAUCACUUCAAGGCAACUAGUGGAGCUGCUGUGAGACUCGGCAGAAGCUCUUUAUGUUACACUUUCUGCUUUUGUUCAUGCUCAUUUCUGGGUGUCUUCCACCUGCCCCCAGAACUCUGAUUCUUUUCUGCCCAGAACCCUUUUUAAUCCAGGAAUAUUUUACCCCCAGUUCACAGGGGCUGUAUUGCACCACAGCUUGGAAUGCCUGCAGCUCCUGUUGGGAGUCACUUGAACCCAAGAGUCAGGAUGAAUCCCUCCAGGACUCUACAGUACUCUUGGAACAGAGAGAUUUCCCGAUAAAAAGAGCAAUAUCAGUCUCCUGCACAUCUGAAGAAGUUAAUCCUUCAGCCUCUCAUCAUUCAUUCCUGUGGAGCCAGCAGCUCUCAAAGGAUUCUGGGAUCUGUCACUGAGUCUGUAUGAGCCAAGCUGGCCCUUGUGCACAAGUGUCUGGGUGCAUGGUAUGGGUCAGAGUCUCUGUCAUGUAAAAGAGCACACAGGUGGGAAAAGCUCACUUUGCCCUCCCAUAGUCUCCUUUUUAGACUAGUAUGGAUACAUGCGUGUGCAUGCAUACAAGAAACCUUUUUCCUCCGAGGGAAACCACCAUGCCUACCUCCGUUAUCAAAUCAUUUUCUUGUGUUUGCCUGUUGACCUGACUUGAUUUUUUUUCUCAUGGUAAAAUUGAAGUUGUUGGACUGUAUGGGGCAAUCCUGUUGGAACUGAGGUUUCAGAGUGAGUUUUUAAAAUUCCAUUUACCUAGUUUUAAAAAAAUCAAAAUUUCAAAACUGGACAUGGUAGUUCAUGUCUAUAAUACAAGCUCUUGGAAAGCUGAAACAGGAGGUUUACCACAAGUUAGAGACUAGCCUGGGUUUAAUACUGAAGUCCAGGCUACCAUAUCUCCUCCAACCCAAAAAAGUCACUGGUCCUUCUGUUUCCCCUAGCAAUAGGGGAAGAGCAUCUUUAGCAUUCCAGUCGAUGGGAAUCCUUCCAGGGCUCCAUUGUAUGAAAUCAAAUUAUGAAAUUAAUUAAUCAGGAACCUAAAACAAGCCAGGUUUGCCUGUUUUUUCCCUCAAAUUCUUACCCAUACACCUCUGUUACCUCUUGAGUGGAUACAAACCUGAAACCUAGAAGUAGGUUGGAAAUGAAAAAGAGCUGGUCAGCUGUUCUUGCAGAUCUGUAAAUUAUCUGUUCCGUUCAGAUGGUAAAGUAGAACAGACAGGUGACUGGCUGGGUUUUCACAAGUGUGUUUUUAUUUCUGGAAAGCACUGACUCAUUUCUAGUGUUUUCAUAGCCUUCAUUUUUAGUGCCUUAAAAAAACAAAACAAAACAAAACAAACAAACAAAAAAAACCUCACGACUCCAUGGGGAGGUUUCUGUUGAGGAAGUUGAGUUUAAUGGAAAGAGUCUGCACCAAACUCAGGGUGCAUGCUUACAGCUUCUAGCAUACAGUUCCUCCACUUACUUGGGAAAGUUUGGAGAGUUGUGCAUCAAGCUACAUUAGUGACAGAAAAAUUACUAGAAGCCAGGCAUGCUAGCACACUCCUGUAAGCAGGGCACUUGGGAGGUACAGAAAGAAGGGGUUCAAGGCCAGCCUAGACUGUAUGAGACACUGUCCCAAAAAAUAAUUACUGAAAAAUUAUCCAUUAAUGAGGCUUAAAUGCCAGACUGCACUUGCAAUCAAUUAGUUGUAAUGUUCUUUAAAUUUGCAAGUCAGGGUUUGGGUGCACAACUGAGUGGAAGAAUACAUGCUUUGCAUGCACCAUGCCCCGGGUUCUGUCCUUGGCACACACAAAAAUAAAUAAUAAAACCCAGGACUCUUGACAGUAAUGUAAGAAUGGUUACUUUUGGCCUGGUAUGGUGAUAUGCACCUUGACUCCAGAACUUUUGAAGCAGAGACAGGUGGAUCUCUAUGAGUUUGAGGCCAGCCUUGUCUACAUAGCAAGUUCCAAGCCAACCAGUGAGUGAAAGCCUAUCUUGAGAGGGAGAAAGGGAGCUAUUUUUCAGUACUUUUCUUUUUGGUAUUCUCCACCUGUUUAAAUAAAAGGCAGUAUGUACACGUGCGCCUCCCCCCCCCCCCCCAUCAGUGGUUGCCAAAUGAGGGCUCCACUCCAUCAGAAACCUGCCUUUCACUUCAGUAAAGGCUAACUAUUCUCUCUAGGAAUUUGCUUUCUCAUAGUUAUUAGUUUUGAAUUUUUUGUAUACUAGUGGAUACAAACUGGUUUUUCUGUUAAAUGAGUAGUUUGGUUAAUGUACAUGGAACUUUGCAACCAAACUUCCCAUGCUUGUUGUCAGGUGAAGUCCUCCAAGGCAUGUGCAAAAAGGAUGGAAAUGUUCGGACAGAGUCCUCACUUGAUAUCACAAGCUCUUGCCAGGUUGCAGCAAAUACCUGUAGUCUCAGCUACUUAAAAGACUGAGGCAGAAGGACAGCUUGAGUCCAGGAUCUCAAGGCCAGCUUUGGCAACAUACAAGGACCCAUUGCUUGAAUAGAAAUUUCAGAAUGCAAGGUCAACGAGCUCCAUAACAGUGCUACAAACUGUUCUAACUUUGAUUACUGUAUCACUCCAUCUAAUCCGUCACUUUAAUUCACAAGGUUUUAAUUCAUUUAAUUCAAAUUAGAGUAAAAUCAUGGACUCUUUAUUUUAUAUAGUUGAAUCAUUUGUGAAGUGGGGGGCUUUCGGGCCUUUUUUCAUCUACUGAGUGGAAAGUCUGUCUACCAUCUUUGAAUCGGGAAUGAAUGUGACCACAUGCAGAUUGUUUUGGUUUUUUCUUAUGUAGCAGUUUGUGAAGGAAAUCUGACAAGAGAUUAGCCAGCAGAUGAGUUCUGAAGGAGAUACUGUGGAAGAGUCUGGAUACAGGAUCAGUGUGUACUUUAGUGAUCAGGUGUCCUGAGUGGAAAUCUGGAAAAGUUUGUUUUACAGGGAAUUAGGGGUGCUUAAAGUCUAUGAACCAAUACCAAGUUUCUAGUGACCAUCCUCUAAAAGUUUAAUAAUAAGGAAAAGGAAUCAUUGUCAAAGUACUGCACUUUGUUUUCAUUUCUGCUUGUGCUGGCCACUUUGUAUAUUUUUCAUAGGAAACAGGAAAUUUUGAACUUUUGACUCAGAAAGAGAUGAGUCAGAAUGUCCUUAGACAAAGCCUUAAACCGUAUCAUGUACUGAUGAACUCCUGAAUGAUGUGUGAGGCUAGCUGGCCCUCGCUUCCUCCCGUUAGUUGACUAAUGAGCACUGUUAACAGAGUUAACUUAUGUGUGAUGGAAAUUGUCUCAUCAGUUUUUUAAGCUUACAAUACAGCUCUUUUGCGCCAAACCCAUGUUAGCGCCAAAAUAAAAUGAAAUAGUGAAAUGAACAUCUGGGGCAGGUACACCUAUGAUCCCAAUACUUAGGAGGCUGAGGCAAAAGAAUUGUGAAUUCAAAUCAAGACCAGCCUGAGAAGCUUAGCAAGAUCUUAAUAUUAAAAUUUAAAGAGGGUUGGUUAUGUAGUUAGGUGAUAAAAUGCUUACAUAGCAUGUGCAACCACUGGAUUUAAUUAACUCCAAUACUGGGAGACAGAGGGCACACAGAUGGUUCCAUCAUGUGAUGGUGAGCAAUCUAGCCAUGAAAAUGAACAGAACUUGGUGCUGAAAGCAGAUUUUAGUUCAUACAGGCUGUUUUGUCUUGGCUCACUAAUGGGGUUGAAGACCUAUUUACUGGUGCAUGCCCCAGCAUGUGUGUGUGUGUGUGUGUGUGUGUGUGUGUGUGUGUGUGUGUGUACACAUGUGCUAACUAAUCCAUGUCCUGUCUCAGUUUCAUCUGGCAACUGAGAUCUUUUAAAUGUUCAAAAAAAAAUGCUGUCUUUCUGGCCUGGUGUAUAUUUAUUAAGUGUUGGACCAUGUGCUUGUCAGUGUUUUCAGUUGCUCUUCACUGGUGCAUAAAGUGUUAGAGUGAUUUGAUGAUAAGAAAUCUGUAUUUUUAUUCUGUAGAUGAAAAGAAUCAGAACGUGUAUCAAAUUGUAUGAUAUGUAUACAUUACUUCAAAUAGGAAACUUAAGUGGGAAGUUGGGGAGCAGGAGAUGCAGUGCCCUUCCCAGCAGGACCGAGGCCACUUCCAGUGGAGUCCAUUUGGGUCCCUCAAAUGUUAAGAAAUGUUGCUCCCUGCUGUGUCUUUCACAUUCAGACUUUUGAGCACAUCCCAGUCAACUCCAAAACAGCUGCUGGUCACAGCAUUUUUAUCAGAAUCAAACUUCUUUUGAUGAAAGGUAGUUUGCAGGAGGACAGGGGUAGAAGGCAAGAGCACCCUACCACUUUCCAUGGCCACCCUGUUUUCCAGCUGUCCAGUGCUUGCCUAAAAGAGUAAACACUGGGAAUUGUAAGUGAAAUUAUGUCAUUUGAGUGAUAGCCUUUGUCAAUCAAUAUUUGUUUUGGUCUAACCACCAGAACACUUGAAAACUUAAUAGAAAUUUCACUAAAGAAAAGUUUCAAAAUGCUUAAAAAUAAAAAGUAGUGUCUAGUUGUUUCUGUUCUGUCCCAGAGUUCUUUGUGUGCCCCCCCCCCAUUCCUAAUCCCCCUUAAUUUCCUCCCUCAACAUUCUCUUGUUUUGACCAGACCAAUAAAUUGGUGGUGAACUGUCAUUCUAGCUUAUGGUUGUUUCCCUUACUACUGUAAAAUUUCAUUUUAGGAUUCAGGCCAGCCUUGACAAUCUAACAAUGAAAUGAUUCACCCUCCCCUAGAAUAAAGGACAGAGGAGAGUUGGCAGGCCCCAGCUUUCCUCUGUGGAGAUGUAACCAGAGAGCACUCUCCACCCUGAUCCUACAUGGCUCUAGAAUGAAUAUAUAUGUGAGAGGACUCUAGAAUAGCAAAAAUAGCUAAGUGCUGGCCAUGGGGACACAUGCCUGUAAUGAGGCAAGAGGUUCACUAUGAAUUUGAGGCCUGCUUGGGCUACAUAGCAAGACCUUGUCUCAAAACACACACACACAAAAGGCUAAAUAUUACCUACAUGUGUUUUAGGCCAAAGUUUCUGUAACUUGUAAUUCCAUGUGUUUUUUCAGCUGUAUUUCAGCAAGUGUUACACAGUUCUGAGUUGAUAGUAAACAUUACCUGUGCUGCCUUGUGAUGGAACCAUGUGUCUAUACUCCAAAAAGGGUCAGAUUCCUUUUGGAAAGGAAUUUCAGAAAGGACUUUUCAACAUCAGUCAAGAAUAGAUCAGGGUUGGCUGAUAGCACAUACUUAGACUGUGUGGGGACCGUGUCCAGUCUCCAGCACUUUCACUUUGAGGUAAUGGGAGACAGUGAAAUUGUUUCCUUCAGAAAUGGUAGCCUGCUGUGUUCUGCGAGUCUCUACCAAAGAUGCUUUGUAUGAAGAGUUUCUCAGCGUCUGUGUGCAAACAUGCAUCCUCCUGCUUCCUUUGUGGUGGUAACCCCAGCCCUUCCAGUUAAUCAUCUGAAGAGGACUUGGGAGGGACCACAGGCAGCUGGCACCAGUAACUCAGUUCCCUUUGCCAAAACCUCCGAAUUUAGCAUUGGAGUUGUUUGCCUCUGUGGUGAGGGAAUUGACUAGCCAUUGCUUCAGCCUCCUUCCCAAGUAAGCGCCUUCUUGUGGUUGGCACUGGGAGGACAGUGGUGACCUGCAUCACAGGGCCUGAAGAUGUUAUUUUGAAUGGAACAUUUGAUGUCACCUUUAGGGAAUAGAAACCAAAUAGCAGAGGCCUAGGACCAUUCCUAUUGCGAGGAGGGAAGAUGAGCACCCUCUGCUGGCAGUAUUUGGAGUUGAUUGAGGAUCUGUAAGCAGCCUGGAAGGAGUGCUGAGGUCAGCAGGCCUCAGGAAUCCUUAACAUGCAAACAAUCUUGGGGAAACCAGAAGGUCAUUCUUAGCAGUUUUUGUAAUACCUCUCAUUGCAGGCUGUUAGAUUAUGUUGUUCACUCUGGGUGUGAUCUGUCAUAUGUAUCUGAUAGUUGUUAUGGAUAAUUGUUUGGGUUGUAAACUCCUAUACUCUAUUAAAAUGAACCUAAUUAAGUGA